AUGGCAAACGAGGUGGUUCUCAAGGUGGACAUGGCGUGCAGCGGCUGCAGCGGUGCUGUGGAGCGCGUGCUGGCCAAGCUGCAGGGGGUGGACUCGUACGACGUCAGCCUCGAGAAGCAGCAGGUGGUGGUCAAGGGCAGUGUGUCGCCAGAGGUGGUGUUGGAGACGGUCAAGAAAACUGGCAAGAAGACAGAGCUG